GUGACAGAGAUGGUUUUCUCUGUCGUACUCGAAGUGAAAGGCUAAUCGUGUUUUACGAAGCAGAAUUUUGUAUUCACCGCUCUAAUGGGAUUUGCUUUCAGUUUCCUGACAAGCUCUGUCCGAAGUCGGACUAGCGAGUUAGCGCCAAAAGUAAACGCUUUAAGCAACGACGAAAACGUCGAUACGCAACAAAAUGAAGGUGAGAACUGCACCCGUACUCAAGGUAGCGUUUGUUUCAGCGAUUCAGAGAUCAACAGCGCAGAUCAAAACCGAAAACAAGUUGUAAAAGGAAAACCUAGGAGCGAGUCUGUUAACGGCGCAACAACUUACAACAUACAAGUACAAUUUUGCGAUAACGUCAUUGUCGGUGAUGACAACAACAUCGACGUCGUGAUAUCAGGAAAACAUAUGGGGAGUAUAUCAGAGGUCGAUGCUCCCCCAGUGGAUAUGGAAAACCGAACAACAGCACCGGUGGACGUGCAUACCCAGAUUUCGCCAGCAACUUCAGUUACGUACAACAUCUCAGUACUCGCAAACAAUGCGAUUGUUGGGGAAAGCAACGAAAUUAAAGUGUCGUCUAGCAGCGUUCCAGUGCCCAAUUGCGACUUCCGUCUGGGUUAUAGUAAAUUUGAGGGCGCAAUGGGCUCUGAUGAAACCAGUGCUGAAACAAGUAUGGAUAGGCAGGUAUAUUCGACGCCAUGUCGGUUGCCAUCGCCGGGAGUUGAACCCCAACUUACAAAAGUGUUUGAACAAAUGAAACAAAUAGUUGAUGAACUGUAUCCACUUCGGGAUAGAGGGAAAUGGAAAGAAUUCGAUCAGGCUUGGAGUCUAUUCAAGUCAGAAUAUGAAGGUCAGCCAGUAAUUAAAUGUUUUCUCGCGCUCGAAAGAUCUGUGAGGCUAACUUACCAAAAAAGAUUACAGGAAGGAAGAAAAAUGGCGGAAAAUACUUUACGUAUUGUAAACAAUGAAGUCGAUGGAACGUCACGUGAUGUUUUGAUUUUGCUUGCAAAUAUUGCUUUAGCAAGCACUUUUCGGCGCGGAGGGGAGGAGGAGAGGAAUGAGCUAGGAAGCGCGUUUGAUUGCCUCGAAAGAGCACAACAAAGUGGCGAAAACUUGAGAGGAAUCGAUGCAACGAUUCCCAAAUUUGCUCUCGCUCUGCUUAAUUACGAACAAGGGCGCCUCUGGUCUGAAUUCGCCCCCAUGGUAUAUAAUCCAAGGAGUGCCAAAGCAGAGGCAACCAAGUAUUACCAUCUCUGUAUGGACAGGUGUAGAGAACUUUCUGUUGAGAAUCGUAUAUACAUCGCCAAGGAGCGCUUUGCACUAAUCUUUCUGGCGCAUUUAUCUAUUCCAAAUCCAAGUGCUUCGAAAAAGCCGUCAGUGAAAAAGACAAAACGGUACCUUGAGGAGUUCGAUCGCACCCGCGUUGAAGAUACCCCUACGGGAGCGAAAAUAAAGUACUUCAUGACAAGGUCAAGCCUUUGCUUUCUCGAGGAGAAUUACUCCAUUGCCGAGGAACAUGCACGUCAAGCCCUCAAUCUGGCAGAGCAAUAUCGAUUUGAUUUGGAAAUUAAACCUGCCAAAGAUCAGAUCGAUCGAUGUCACCGCAGUGCCUUCUUAGUACCACAAGCUAAGCUACACGUUAAAAAUAUUUCUAGCAGGUACGCGUGCAAUUCUACCACCACGACGGAUUCGGAUCAGAGCGCAUCUCGAUCUGACUAGCCUUUAUAACACCUAGCCUUUUAUGAUCAUUGAUACGAAGUACGAUUAGGAUUAUGGCAACUUGAACAUGCAUGUAUUUACAAAUAGGGAUCAGUCAUUCUU